AUGGCGCAACCCAAUCUCACAAAUAUUGCGAAUGCUUUCCAGAACCUUCCGGUAGUUGCCACAGCUACACAAUUCCAAAACCUCACUACACAAAUCCAAAGCCUCACUAGACAACAACAAAACUUCACUACACAACUCAUUAAACAACAACAAGACUUCACUACACAACUCCAAGCCCUCACUACACAAACCCAAGCCCUCACUACACAAAUCCAAGCCCUCACUACACAAAUCCAAAACCUCACUAGACAACAACAAGACUUUACUAGACAACAACAAGCUCUCACUCAGUCAAUUGACCAGCUUGAGCAGAGAACACAAGCUCGCAUUGUAAAUUUCACAAUCCUUGAUGAUCGAACUGCUAUUGAACCUUUAAAUACAAAUGCAGGUGUUAUUCCUCCUAAUUUUCUGCAAGAUUUCAAUGCUAUUAAGAAUGCACAGUCUACUGAAAUUACCUUAUUACUGGCUGCUUAUGGUCAACCAACAAAUGGAAACCUUACUACUCGCAAGAGACGCCUUGCCAAGUAUCUCGGAAUAAGAUCUUUAUUUUAA